AUGGGAGGAGCACAUGUGGCUCAGCAAAUUUCACAAAUCAAGAAGAACACUCGUUUCUAUAUGCAGGGUUGUAUAAGUGCUGCUGUAGUAAUACUAGCUACUAUUUCAUUCCGUAUCGUUCCUUUAUUCGAACUCACAAAACUUGAACUUGCCAUCAUAAACAGCGUAAACUGGGAACUGGUUGCAACGAGCAACGGCCUGAUAUUACUACUGUCUAACAAAUCACUUCGUAGUGUUAGACCACGUCAACAUGUCGUGAUCAGCGUAACCAACCAUUAG